ACGCCGAAAUAGGACGAGCAGCCAUGUUUCCCGGGUCUCGCGCGGCCCGCCCCGCCCCUCCCCCAUGGCGCGGCCGGCGCGGAGCGCGGGGCUGCGAGUGCGGGCGCCGGGCUCCAUGCGGCGCGGGGCGCGGGCCGGCGGGCGGGCGGGCUGGCGCCGGGGCGGCCGGGCCUCGUGCGCACGGGCCGGGCGCGGGCGCGCGGGGCCGGCCCCGGGCGGGCCUCCUGGCUUCCCCCGCUGCUUUGGAGCUCGAGGUGAAAGAGCUCGUCCUGGACAACUGCCGGUCAAUCGAAGGCAAAAUCGAGGGCCUCACAGAUGAAUUUGAAGAACUGGAGUUCUUAAGUACAAUCAACGUAGGCCUCACCUCAGUCGCAAACUUACCAAAGUUAAACAAACUUAAGAAGCUUGAACUAAGCGAUAACAGAAUCUCAGGGGGCCUGGAAGUAUUGGCAGAAAAGUGUCCGAACCUCACGCAUCUAAAUUUAAGUGGCAACAAAAUUAAAGACCUCAGCACAAUAGAGCCACUGAAAAAGUUAGAAAACCUCAAGAGCUUAGACCUUUUCAAUUGUGAGGUGACCAACCUGAACGACUACCGAGAAAACGUGUUCAAGCUCCUCCCACAGCUCACGUAUCUCGACGGCUACGACCGGGAUGACAAGGAGGCCCCCGACUCAGACGCCGAGGGCUAUGUGGAGGGGCUGGACGACGAUGAGGAGGACGAGGAUGAGGAAGAGUAUGAUGAAGAUGCUCAGGUAGUGGAAGACGAGGAGGAUGAAGAGGAGGAGGAGGAAGGAGAAGAGGAGGACGUGAGUGGAGAAGAAGAGGAGGAUGAAGAGGGUUAUAACGAUGGGGAAGUAGACGACGAGGAAGACGAAGAAGAUGUUGGUGAAGAAGAAAGGGGUCAGAAGCGAAAACGAGAACCUGAAGAUGAGGGAGAAGACGAUGACUAAGUGGAAUAACCUAUUUUGAAAAAUUCCUAUUGUGAUUUGACUGUUUUUACCCAUACCCCCCCCCGAAAUCCCGCCCCCCGAAACUUAUUUUUUUCUGAUUGUAACGUUGCUGUGGGAACGAGAGGGGAAACGUGUACUGGGGGUUGUGGGGGGAGGGAGGGCGGGAGGGGGUGGAAUAAAAUACUAUUUUUACUGCCACUCUUUAUUUUUUCCCCUACUUUUUCUUUGUGUCUGGUUUUGUCCCUGUAAAUGCGAUAGCUAAGGUACACACCAAGUGAGCAUUUGUUUCUUACUCUCAAAGAGGAUGGUUUGGAGGGCUCUUCUGUCUCCUGGUACUUCCGGAGUCUCUGGAGUCAGUUGGAAGGUCGUGGCUGGCCUCCGUUUGGUUUCUCGAAGCCCAGAAGGCGCUGAGCACCAGCCACGUCUUACCUCUUGUGCUGGUUCCCGUGAUUUCUGCAUUUCUUGGGCCUGCUAGAGGCAUCCAACGCCCUGGUUUGUAAAUAGCAACCUAAAGGCGUAUUUUGGCACUGGUUGGGGGACAUUCCCCGUCUCUCAUUCCUUUCCCUCUUCACAGAUGGUGGUGGGCUUUGCUCUGUGAAGAAGACUGUGGCGUCACUCUUCAGAGCUAUGAGCCAGAGAGCCGAAAACAGCAGGCUUAUGGGUUAUGAGUAGAACGGAUUCGGUCAUGACAAUUAAAAGAGAAGAAGCAAACCCUCAAACUUCAACCUCUUUAAAAUAAGAUUAAGAAAACACAAAACUGUCCUAUCUUGUUCUGUAAAAUACUCGAACGCCUUGUUUUACAAAAAUGACCAGAGAAUUCUUCCACGUGUCCUUCUGUGCUUAGACCGUUUUUACAAACCUAGGCACGGGAGGCAGUGCUGCAUGUCGGCUGGGUUUUUUUUUCAUACACCCGAGCACGGAUAAACUAACGCAAAAUUGUAUUUUCUUACCUAGUGGAAAUCUGAAAUGACUGCAAAUUCCUAGUGAGUGUACAGGUUUGCUUUCGUGUCCCCCUUCUGGAUUGCUUUAGAAGUGACGUGUUUUUUCCUAGCCCGCGUUUCAUCUGUAUAAAAGAACAUCUGCACCGGUUUUUCUCCUCCCCCUCAGAAGAGCCAAACUUUGAGUUUUAUGUCUGUUUGUCAUUGAUAAAUUUCAAUAAAUCUUUUUAUACAAUU